AAAACAGGAUAAAUGCAACUUGUAAAUACAGUUUUCUUCACUAAACACAACCAAAUCACAGAACACGAAUGAGAGUUGGAUGUCGUAAAAGUACCGGAAGUGAUGUGAAUGUAAACACUGUCGUGGCUGAUUUCGAUUUGGUAGAACAUCAACAAAUACACGCAGCAUAUUUCAACGCCCAUCUGCACGGAGAAAAUUAGAGGAUGACUUAAUCUACCCGAAUUUGACAUUUUAAACAUUGAAUUCAGAGGAAUCACAAACAGACUGAAGGAUUCAUACAUUUAGCAGCACCAUGGAGUAAGUCGGCCAUCCAGCUCAGCCUCACACUAGGCUUAGUCAAAAUGACUGAUGAGAAGGACGUAGGAUGCCGUUAGAACGCGGCGCGGCUAUCCAGCUGGCACUACUUCUCCUUGCAGUUCCAGCCCAGUACUUUGUUUCUCAGUACUUCUCCGUGUCCGAGACACAGAGGACGUUUGCCAUAAGGAAUUUGCUCAACAAUGCUGUGGGUUUUAAGAAUAAGUACCUAUCUUGGAAGUCAUGGCAACAAUGGUGCCUUGACAUCAUUGGUGGUCUCCAUGACAACAUUCCACCCUACACUGGCCAGGACAAUGUAAAUGGGGAGUCGCCGGCAGUAGAAGUCCUAAAAUACAAGGACCCACUCGGCUACUUUGCUGGUGACCCAGAUCCGAGAAGUCCACGGUCUCCAAAUGUGGAAUUUCAUGUUGGACAGGUGGUACGUCACAAGAUCUGGGGUUAUAGAGGAGUGGUAAUAGGCUGGGAUGCCACAGCAAGAGCUCCAGAAUCCUGGCUUAAAGACAACCAUGCAGCUGACAAAGCGCAUUGGAGGAAAAUGCCAAACUAUGCGAUUCUGGUGGACACUCGGGACAGAAUGUCUCCUCAAAUGACAUACGUACCUCAGGAAAAUCUACAAGUUAUCACUAAUACAAGGGUAUUGCACCCAAGCAUGGACCACUAUUUUGAAAUGUAUGAUGGAGCACAGUACAUUCCUCGUCCCUGGCUCAAGGCUGUUUACCCACAUGACUGAGCUGUCCCAAUGUAGCCUGGCCUGAGAUUUAUACACUGUGGCUGGGUGAAUCUAGGAUAUCUUAAGGACACAUGUAUUUUUUGCUGACAUCUAUCUUAAUGUAUAAAUAUGCUGAAUCAUGAAUGAGGUUUUGGCAUCUCAACAUUUUCUCAUAUUCCCAUUAAAAUGAUGGUUUAACUACA